AUGUAUUCUCUGCUGAUCCUCACGGGCAUAGCCUGUCUUACUUCAGCGCUGCGCGUUCCUUCUGUCAGCGUGCCCAGCUGUCCAUCCUCCACCACCAUCAAGUUCUCCAAAUCCGUCCCCGACCAGACUCCGUUUCCCCGAACGGCCGUCGAUCUCUGCUACACACACACGGCUCUGUCCCUGACCUUUACAGCCCUCGACGAGCGCAACUUCUACUUCAAUUCCUCACAAGGCACGAACGAUGAUAUCUGGGCUUACGAAGUUGUCGAAGCGUUCAUCUACAAGGGUACCGACGAUCCGCAGACAUAUCUCGAGUACGAGAUCAAUCCCAACAAUGUGACCUACCAAGCAUUCGUUUACAAUCCGUCCAAGGAUAGAAAGGAAGGAGCGCCAUUUGAUCAUUUCUUCAUCACAGAUCCGGAAGGUGACGGUUUCGAGGCAAAGACGGAGCUGAACAAGCGUGCGAAGAAAUGGGUCAGCAAGGUUAAAAUUCCUCUGGGAUUGUUCAAUGUCGAUCGUGGACAUGCAAAGGGAACAAAGUGGAGGAUGAAUUUCUUCAGGACUGUUACGAGCCCAAAGACAUUUCCUGACCAGGAAUUGGGUGGUUGGAGUUCGCCUGACAAGGCCAGCUUUCACAUUACAAAGUUCUUCGGGCAUGUUCACUUUGUGUAG